UAAAAUUAACCUCGGUUCAACUUAAUGUAUGUACUAAAAUAUUCUAUUUAUAGAUAAAUCUUUCUUAAAACCUCAAGAGCUAAAUGACAAUAAAUUUAAAUUAAUACUUCAAAAAUGAUAAAUAGAAUGCCAGAGUUUUUUAAAAAAGAAAAAAUCCAAGCACCAUUAAAAAGAAAUAUCCAAACAAAGACAAUCAUUUUCUUUUAUUAAUAUUUUUUUUUUCUCUUUUCGAAAGGAUACUUCCAAUUUCUCAAGUUUUAAUAAAGAAAGAAAGAAAAAAAAAAAAAAAAAGAAGAAGAAAGUUGCACUCUGCUCUGCGCAAAUAGAACGCUUAGUCGUUUAGGCCCAUUAGAGCUGUAAGAUUGGAAGCCUGUCAAGACAUAAAAACCGAAUGCUAGGGCUCCACUCAACUCUUUUGCCAUUUUCUGUAUAUUCGAUUUUAACUGAUACCAUUCGCUUUUCGCGCCAUGUAUUCCACUCUUUUCUUUUCUAAAUACAGUCAAUUUUCUAUAUGGGUAUUUGAAUUAGAGUGAUGGAACAUACUAAUGUCAAUUUCUCAAAAAAUCUUACAGCCUUUGCCUUUAUUCAAGUUUAUCAUCUCAAGAAUAAUAACCUUUCACAACGCUUUUCCUUUUCAAUCAUCCCUUCAGUUUCAUACAUGUCCAAAUUUAGACACCCUUGUUUCAGCUCUAAUCAGUUCUAUAGCCUCUUGUAAUUCGAUCUCUUACUGUGGAGUGCUUCAUAGCAGAGUAAUAAAAUCCUUAAGCUACAACCACGGUUUUGUUGGUGAUCAAUUUGUAUCUGCUUAUGUUCGUUUAGGAUGCACAAAAGAUGCACAGAAUUUGUUCGAUGAAUUGCCUGAGAAGGACUUGGUCUCCUGGAAUUCUCUAAUUUCUGGGUUUUCGCGCAGAGGGGAUUUGGAUAAUUGCUUAAAUGUGUUUUCGAAGAUGAAAUAUCAAACCAUUUUGAAACCCAAUGAGGUUACAUUUAUAUCUCUCAUUUCAGCUUGUACUGAUGCUGGAGCUCUUGGUAUGGGCAAGUAUGUUCAUGGGUUUGCAGUGAAAUUAGGUACGAUUUUGGAAGUGAAAGUUGUUAAUGCUCUUAUUUGCUUGUAUGGAAAGUCUGGGUGUUUGGAUGCAGCUUGUAGAAUAUUUGAGGAAAUGCAAGUGCAGAAUUUAGUGUCCUGGAAUUCAAUUAUUGCAGUUCAUGUUCAAAGAGGAUUCGCCCAGGAUGGGCUAAGAUAUUUUAUUGUGAUGAGAAGGGCAGGGAUUGUGUCUGAUCAGGCUACUCUAGUAAUUUUGCUACAAGCGUGUGAAAGUGUAGGUUUAAGGAAACUGGUAGAGGCUAUUCAUGGAUAUAUCUUCGGCUGUGGCCUGAACAUGAACUUAGCUGUAGAAACUGCAUUAUUAAAGUUGUAUGCUAACUUGGGGAUGUUAAGUGCUUCUCACAAGGUAUUCCGAGAGAUGGUUAAUAAGGAUGCAGUAGCAUGGACAGCCAUGCUUGCAUGCUAUGCAGUGCAUGGUUGUGGGAAAGAAGCAAUAGAACUUUUUGAACUCAUGGUUAGAGAAGGUGCGGUGCCUGAUCAUGUUACAUUCACUCACUUGUUAAGCGCUUGUAGCCAUUCAGGGCUAGUGAAGGAGGGCAAAUAUUACUUCAAGGUUAUGUCUGAAGUUUACAGGGUUGAGCCAAGGGUAGAUCACUAUUCAUGCAUGGUUGACCUUUUGGGUCGCUCUGGGCUGCUGGAUGAUGCUUAUAAGCUUAUCAAAAGCAUGCAAAUACAGCCAAACUCUGCAGUAUGGGGUGCUCUUAUUGGUGCUUGUAGGAUCUAUGGUAACAUUGAACUUGGGAAGGAAGUUGCUGAGAAAUUGUGUGUUUUAGACCCAUCAGACUCUAGAAACUACAUCAUGUUAUCAAAUAUGCUUUCUGCAUCUCGACAAUGGAAGGAUGCUUCAAAAGUACGGGCAUUAAUGAGAGAAAGAAAUCUGACCAGAAAUCCUGGAUGUAGCUUUAUUGAACAUGGAAACAGAAUUCGACGUUUUGUGACGUUUGAUCAGUCUCACCCCGAGACAAAGCAAAUAUAUAACAAGUUGGACGCACUUAUGAGAAGGAUUCGAGAAGCGGGAUAUACCCCAAAAACUGAAUUUGUUCUGCAUGAUGUUGGUGAGGAUGUGAAAGAGGAUCUAAUCAGUAAGCACAGUGAGAAGUUAGCUAUUGCAUUUGGGAUUUUGGUGACUAACGCAAAUGUACCACUGAUUAUAACAAAGAACCUUAGAAUAUGUGGCGACUGUCACAGCACCGCAAAAUUCAUAUCACUGAUUGAGAAGCGUACAAUAAUAAUUCGAGAUACAAAGCGGUUUCACCAUUUUGCCAAUGGAACAUGUUCUUGUAGGGAUUACUGCAAUGUAGAGAUCCAAACAAAACUCCGAUGGUACUGAACCCAAGUGAAAUCUCUUCCCUUGUUGCUCUUCAUGUGAACUCGAGGAUCAGGGAGCAAGCAGAAGUCCUUGUCCUUCUUGCCAUGGAAAUAAAGCAUAAUCCCAUCACAAGUAAACCGUGGGUUUUGGCAUGCAGCUCCUGGCUUAUCGCCAGCUGAUUUUCAGCCAAGGAAUUAAUUGUCUAUUAGCAUCCAAGAAAUAUAAACCAUAACCUAAAAGAAACAAAAGGUUACGACAAUAAGGUUUGCAAAUCCUGCAGUCUAUCUCACAGAAUCUAGGACAACUAGUAUGAAUAAUUCCAUGGCAUUUCCCAAACAAUGGAUGGUAGCAUGCAGCUUUACCAGCACUUGCAUUGCAAGACAUGAAAACUGAAGCAUGCAAAGGAAUAUCUAUCCACCCCUAGGCUUCAUGUCUCUCUUUCAAUUUUCUUUCAGGAAGGUCAGUGUCAGUGAAAAUCAAGCUUGCUUAUAUAUUUGUCCUUGAUAUGUAUCUACCUUGAAGUGAGACAAGAAUGUGAGAUGUUUAGUUGAGCAAAACCUUAGAAGAAAACGAUUAUAGUAAGGCGAAAAGAGUCGCCAUUAAAGCCAUUGGAAUCUCAAAUUUGGUGAAUACUAAUUACCAAGAGACAGAAAUGAUCAUUCUCGUUUCCAUUAGCAAUAGCCUCAAUGAAAUAAGGGGGAAGAAAAAGUUAAAAUUAUUCGAAUAUCAAGAUUGAAACUAGAA